AUGAUCAUACAGGUAUUGCUCGUAAUAAGUAGUAUUUAUGCAAGAAUGCCACUGCAUGAGAUAAUGGAUGCACAGAAAAUCCUUUUUGGAAGUGAAAAUGAUCUGAGGAUUAAGCCAAGUGGUUCUUUAAACCUACUGCGUGGAUAUGUUUCACACAAUGCUGGUUACAUGCAUAACAAACGAUUUUUCUCUCCUGAGAUAAACAUAGACUAUAAAUUAGAAGACAAUAUUGAUUUUACAAAGAAUGCGCAUACUUAUAGAUACAUUAGAACCCCAGAAAAUGACAAGCCGCAUGAUCCUGAAGGUGGUGAGGUUGAUUCGAAUUAUUUACAUAAGUUUCAUAAAAUGAUUAUUUAUAUGUUUCCAUCUGAGAGUAAUACUCUUUCGAUUGAACCGUAUAAAUCCAAUUCAUUCACUAGGUUUUUAAGAUUCCACAGUGGUAAGUCGGAUAGUAUAUACAUACUCUCUGCUUUAUUGCUUUUGUCUGAAGGUAUUUAUGUUCCCAUUGAUAUAGAUAAAAAUGAGUUAACCGGAAAAACCACAGUUGUUUUAACAAUACAAAGGAUACACUCUCUUACAUCAACUUGGAUAUGCACUUAA